CGCAGCAGGCAAUAAGAACAUACGAUAUCAGCCCUUCGAUUCUGUUUGCAAGGCGAGAGCGGAAAUAGCGGGCUAAGGCAUAGUACAGCGAUUUGCAGAUGUACUACCUGUACGCCUUGUCCUAUUAUAGUAUGCCCCGAAUUAGCUUGGUCUCUUUUUGUGGAGAGAUACAUAUCUGCGGUUAAAACAAGAGGCUCGUGACCUUAGCAAGUCAGUUCAGCUACACCCAGCGUGCCUCCACUGGCAUGACAAGAGACCCGGUAUAUCCGGCUACCAAGAAUUAUUACUACAAACAACAGCAAAGCAGCAACUCAUCCCGCCCUUCGCCGCUUGUUAACCAUAAUUGAACAGUAUGGACAAAAUAGAUAAUCCCCCGCCGUCCACCGGCGCCGAAUACAGGCGCCAGCGAGUUGCCAAGGCCUGCCAAACAUGCAGGUCCAUGAAGUCUAAAGUAUAAGCAGCAAAUACUACUAUGCGCGUUUAUAUGUACGCUUUACUAAUUGAUCGCAGUGCGACGGGUUACAGCCAGAAUGUUCGAGAUGUCGAGCGUAUGGGUACAGUUGUAUAUACCGCUCACAACGACCACGUACAAAGUCCCUGGCUGGCACUCGCUUCAGCGCUACUCUCUCUGCGCGGUUCCCCAGUUUGUGUCAAGCCAUCAUGCAACAAGAGACAUUGCUGGGCGAGGUCAUUUCCCAAUUGCCGCUCUCAGAACACAAGGCGGCGACCAAAAAGCGUUCGCGCGUCAAAGUAGAAAUGGACAAUGCUCUAUCAGAUAUUGACACCGACAAUAUCCAACCGAUUCCUGCUACCGACGGUGUAGAGACUGCGGACUCGUGUGAACCAUCUUCCCCCACUGACGUCGAACAGUCACCAUGCUAUUUGGGCGAGGUUAGUGAUAUUCGCUUUGUCCAUGUUGUCAAACAAUUCCUGCAGUCCCAAGAUGGAACUACCGCCGCCCCAACCGGGUUAGAGAGCUACGACCAAGGCGAUGGAGCGAUAGUUUCAGACCUGGAGGCUUGCAAGGGGGUCUUGCUGCCUGCUUUGGAAGAAGCGAAACCAUAUAUAGAUGCGUAUUUUUCCACAAUUCACGUUGCCUAUCCAUUUAUACCCCAAGCACUUUUCAUUGAAGCAUAUCAAACCAUCGGUGGCCCUGACACACAGUCGGCAUGUAGCCGUGGCGUCAAGACUGCUCUAACUUAUACGGUAUGCGCCAUCGGAGCAUAUUAUACAUCUUUACUCGGUCAUGAAGAAAAGGAAGAUAUGCGACAUGAAAAAUACUUUUCGACGGCACUCAGAUUGGCGCCGACUGCCACUAUUGAACGGUCCGUCACACAAAUUUCACUCUUACUAGCAAGGUGCUUUUAUCUUUUAGUUGUCUGUAGAACAGAGAGCUGUUGGACUAUGCUUGGACAGGCUGUUCGUGCGGCGCAAAGUAUCGGACUGCACGUCGAGACUGAUGCUACUGACAAUCCAACUGAAGCCACAUUGGUAGAAGUGGAAAAGCGACGGCGACUGUGGUACUCUAUUUAUGUCUUGGAUCGCCUGCUGGCGCUACAGCUAGGUCGUCCCCCUGCCAUUCAUGACGACGACUACAAUGUCCCGUUACCGUCUCGAGUUAGUGAUGCCAACAUUGACUGGAGGGGGACUUUUAUUAACGAAUGCGACACAAAUGGCCCGUCCGAAGGGGACUAUUUCCUAGCUGUUAUAGCUUUUUCUGAGAUCGUCGGUCGCGUUCUUCGAAGUCUGUACUGCCCAAAACGACGUCAUAUUACCUCAGAAGAUCUUCUCAACACAAAGGAUCUUGAUGGGCAGUUGUCGGCAUGGAAGUUAGAGCUUCCAAGGUCCUUGCGGUUCGAUUUGGGUCAUGCAUUUGAGCAAUCUUCAAUCCUCAAACGACAGAGAAAUAUGCUAGCUAUCAAGUAUCAUCAUCUUCGCGCAUUAAUCCACCGCCCAUAUCUAUGUCAUCCACUGUUGAUGUCCGCACACGACUCUGACUCAAGCGGAUCUGAACUAGACUGGUCUCUAGCACGAGCAUACGAGAAAAUAUGUAUUAUGGAGGCUCGAGAGACAGCAAGAUUGCUUCAUAGCAUAUCCAGCAAAAAGGACUUGGUUAGUGACUUCCCAUGGUGGCAAAUGAUUUCGUGUUUGGUUUGCGCUAGCUCCAUUCUACUUGUGUCUGGCAUACUUGCGCAAACUAGAUAUGAAUCAUUUCUUGACUUCGAUACUACUAGUCUUUACGAUGAUGCAGAAACCUGCUUGAAAGUAUUCGAUGCUCUUAGCAUCAAGUCGCCAGGUGCACGGAUUGCUCGAGAUAUGAUGAAGGCUCUCAGGGAGUGUGGCAUAAGAUGGAGUACCAGCGACAGUAUGGGCAGGCACAAUAUAGCCAGCGGCACAAGUACCAACCCUGAAGUUCGGCGGUCAGUACCAGAGGCAUACUCACAAAUAACGUCGAUAUAUUCAAGUGAAUUCGAUCAGCUUUUAGGGCUAUCUGGAGCCCCGAUCACGUCCAACUGCUACUGGCCAACGGAAAUCGUAGAUUCCAUGACUUGGUCAGCGCAAUUCUUCGAUCCCAGCCCUACAAGACAAGCGCAUACUACACACAGCAGGCAAGAGUCUGACCAAGAGCAGUAGAAUAGCUUUCUAUUAUAUAUAAUUAUAGGGUUAAUUCAAUAACAG